ACUUCCUUGCCAUUAAUGUAAAUGUUUGGUAGAUUAUAGAACUUCUGUACGGUCUUUGGUGUAACUCGGACAUAAUGAUGUCGUCAGUCGAUUGAUCACCCUGUAGAUUAAAUAACACUGUGACGACUCACUACGAUAUUGCUAUUUGAUUGGUUGUCAAUGUUUUCUGUCGCACGUAUAAAUUCAAUUUAAUGAAUUAGAAGUUUAUUUGAUAAAAUGAUGAAGUUACGAAUUGGGUGGAUUUUGUGUUGUUUUGUUGGUGUAGUGUUCGGCCAAGGGAACACGCUUAAUCUUACCCCGAACACAGGCACUGGUUUGGACUUAUUUUCGUUUCCCACACAGAAUUUCGGAAGCAGCAAUGCUCAAGGUACUGAUUCGACUCUGAAUCCUGGAUUACAACCUGUGAAUACAGGAUUAACCGCCUCUACAACAAAUACAGUGGGAACACAGACCGGAACUGUCCAAACAAAUCCAGCUACCGGAACCGGAACGAUUCAAGGAGGUUUUCCUACAAUUGGCGGCACAACUUCUUUACAAAACACUGGUAUCCCAUCCCAAACUACCGGCUUAACUCAAGGUCAACCAGGGUUCCCCAGUGGAAUGCAACUUGGAGUUAAUGGGUUUCCACCUACUCAGGGUAUCCCUGGUCCCAUGAAUCAGGGAUUCCCGCCGCAGUUUGGACCACAAGGACGCGUUCCUGGACAAGCAGGUUUUAUGGGACAGGGCGGCUUUAAUGGACAACCUGCCUUCAAUGGUCAACCAGGACCUAAUGGACAACCAGGGAUGGGAUUUAAUGGACAAGCAGGCUUUAAUAAUCUACCAGGAUUCAACGGACAGCCUGGAUUCAAUGGACAGGCUGGAUUUAAUGGGCCUCCAAAUUUUAACGGUCAACCUAAUAUGCCAACAGGAUUCAAUGGACAACAGGGAUUUCCACGACCAGGAUUUAAUGGUGUACAGGGUGGAUUCAAUGGUGGUCCCCCAGGUUUCGGACAACCCCCGGCUUUCAAUGCUGGACAACAGGGAUUUAAUGCCGGACAACCUCCACUAAACGGAUUUCCAGGAGGACAACCAGGAUUACCAAAUCAACAAGGAUUUCCGGGACAACCCGGGGGAUUCCCUGGUCAAUUACAACCCUCUCUGGUCCCUGGGGGCCAAGGAAAUCAGGCACAAUGUCACCAAACGGAUUGUCCAGCUGGUCAACAAUGUGCCUUUACUCCAACUAUUGCCACGCAGGCCCAGUACAUGUGUCCAAAAUGGAUUCCUAUGUUAAGAUGUCAGUGUGUUGCAGGUUGCCGGGCACAGAACACUUUUAUUCCAUUCGGACAGUCUCGGCAGAUUGACCAGUGUGGGAAUGUUUGUACAUGUAACAACAGUCAGUCAGGGGAGGCUGCCUGUACGAUGCGAGCAUGUCCGGAUCUUUCUGGAAAGAAAUAAAGAAAACCUGUCGUCAUACAAGAUGUCCUUUACUAAAUUAUUACAACGUUACAAGGGCUA